AUGGUUCAAGACCCUCAGUCCUUUGGCGAGCGCAGAGGGCAUCGGCUCGCUCCGCUGCAGACCAAUUUUAGCCGACCAACGGCUUCGAAAUCCCAGUCGCGGCUGCAACGGCCGCGGCCGACAGAAUACCCAAGUACCAAUGGCUCAGAAGGCCCAGUCCCGCUUCAAAGUCCGAUCACGGUAAAAAGGCAAACUUCCAAAACAAGUUUGCGCAAUCUUUUUGGCCGCGAGAAAACUUCGCGCGUUCCUGAACCGAAGCUGGACGAAGUCGACGAGUCUCUUCCCGAACCGCAGACGGCUAUUUUGUCUGAGACGCCAAUGUCGCCCUCCUUAAUGAGUCCCCGCACCAUUGACUCGACCCCUACGGUCACCUCCCCAACGACCGCUCAGCGUCCUCGCGCGACAUUGAGGACCGCCCGUCCGAAACCGUUAGAGGAAAGCUUAUCCAAGCAGGACCGAUAUGGUUGGAAACCACCCCCGUUGUUCCAAGCGUACCCUCAAUCCACCAAGCAUGACUCUCUAUCCGCACCUGCGCUCUCCGCCGACUCAAUUUUGCGCCUGCACGCAAUACAGGCGAAAAACUCGACCGAUGAAGGCACCACCAAUGCGCUAGAACAAGACGAGGCUGCCAAUGUGGCGCGCAAGAAGCGCGAGCAAAAAGAAAGGAAGCACCUCCGGACACUUUCUGGGACAAUCAACAAGGUGGAAUGGACGCAAAAGAUUUAUGUGCUCGCGACUGCGGGUUACAUCCUGCAGUAUGCAGGGGAUGGAAAGCACGAUCGCUUGCCGGAGAAAAUGUUGCUGUUGGGUCCUAAUUCUGUCGCAUUUGCCAGUGAUGCCAUUCCGGGGAAACAUUGGGUUCUUCAAGUGUCUCAUAAUCCUUCAUCAGACCCAAACUCCAGCGUGCCCGAGCCUCCUAAACCUCGCUUCUCACGAUUUAGCUUCGCACGCUCUAAUACCCGACGCUUUGCGGGCAGCUUUCUCCUCGUCUUCGAUAACCCGGAUGCGAUGAUCAGUUGGUUGACGGCAGUGAGAGAGGAGAUUGAGAAACGGGGAGGACCGAAGCUCACGCAAGAGAAGCACUCUGAGGACCAGAUUCCCCAAUUGCGAUCUAAGUCGAGUAUCAGACAGAUGGUGAAGAAGGAUCCUCAUCGUAUCUCCAGUCUGUUCCUUCAGCCACAAACGCUUCAAUCUCCCAGUGAGGAGGAUGAUGGGCAGUCUGUCGGUGGCACGACAUGGCAAUCCCGCCGUAGUUCAUACGUAUCAGUCAAUCGCCGAUCCGUCAUUGAAUCUCGAUCUGGGUCAGUAUCGACUAGUCAAACUGAAGCUACGAAUCCUGCGAACGGAUCCGGAGUUUCAUCUGUUUCUGAUCUACGUUCCUCGUCAAUCCCUUGUUCGAAUAUUCCCACCUCGUCGGUGAACGGUGCUUUCAUGUCUGAUGAGCCCCUGCCUGAAGAGGCCGAGCGCCCUCCUACGCGCAGUCCACCGCCUUCGAGUCAUGGAAUUCGACAGUCCGUGUACACGUCUCCAAUUCUUCCGCCGUUGCCCAUAACCGACGUAAUGGAGGACCGACAAGCCCCUUCGCCGCCUGUGCCUGAGAAUCUCAUUCGAGGAUCGGCGCCAAUUACUCAUGCUUCUCCGCCUCUUUCGGGCAACGCGUUCGCUCGUCGGGUUGAUCAGACUGACCCGAAUAUGUCUACAUUCUCUUCCCCGCCGCAGUCUCCAACCUUUAGCAUUGCCAGUUUGCGUCAAACGGAAUCAUCCGAGCCUAGGCGUAUUCUGCGUGUGUCAAACUCAGAAGAUGCAUUGGCAAUGACGGUGCGCUCAAUCCAGAAUAGCUCUAUCUAUUCCCGCAUGCCUCACGCACCACCUCCAACAGGACCACUGCCCGAUCCGACUGCUUCUUCUCGUCCGCCGAGUAUGGUUGGCCGUUCAGGAACUAGUCCUCAGGCUACCAUUGAGCCGCUGGUUCCAACAGCUCCCGCUGCUCCAGCAGACCCAGCGCCGCGUAACAGAGUUUCGACGGUCUAUCCUGAUAAUCACCCUUUGAGCAUGUCUCGCCGCAAGAGUAUGCCAGGUCUAGGAUUAUCAAUUGGACCUGCUGCGCCACCUCCCAACUGUCCCCUUCCUAAGCUUCCUUCCCUUGCAAAUAUCGUUAGCACUGCUGCAGUUCAGUCUCCACAGACGUUGUCCCCUUUGUCCCCGACUUCUCCAAUGGAACGUUUUUACGGAUCCCAGCCAGUGCGAGACCAUGUUGAAGAUCGUCGAGUCAGUGGAAACAAACCUGGGAGUCCCGCAGCUCAAACAAAACCACAUGCGAAAGCUCGGCAUUCGAAACUGGUCAAAGGACCACCAGUAUAA